AUGGAAAAUCAAAUUGAAGUAGAACAUCAACAACAAAAACCUUCACAACCAUCUUCUCCAUCUCAUGAAUUCUCCUUCACAAUCUCUCACAACACAUUCAACAAAUCAUUCUUAAAUUCCAACAAUAAAUCAAAACCAUCUUCACCAAAUUCCUUUACAGCCCUCGAUUUAACACCAGCUGAUGAUAUUUUUUUCCACGGUCAUUUACUUCCUCUCCAAAUCCUCUCGAAUUUCCCUUCAUCGAUAUCGCCUCGCGCUUCGAUGAACUCCUCGGACAGUUUCACUCUCCCUAUUAGAGAAUUAUUCUCAGAAGAAGAUGAUGACGAAAAUCUCCCCUCAAAAGAGAGUAGCAUCAAGAACAUGGAAUCAUCGAAAAAGGUAGAGGGUAAGUUCAAGUUUGCAUUUUCAUUGUUUAGUUCAACAAAAGGGAGAAAAGGGUGUCAUAAAGAGAAAGAAAAGAACAAAAAGAAGAUGAGAUUUGAUUUUCAUGUGAUUCAUCAUGCAAUGAAAAAGUACUUAAGAAUGGUGAAACCACUUUUCAAAAAAGAGACAAUUAGAGUUCAUGAUAAAAAGUGUUAUUCUUCUUCCUAUUCAGGAAAUGUAACACCUAGAAAUAAACAAGAGUUGAUGAAAAGUUGGAAAUUAGAACAAUAUUCAUCAGCACCAGCAUCUAUGAGAAAUUCUCCAUCAAAUAGUGGUGUUCUGUUUCCAACUACACCUCUAACUCCUGUUAGUGAUAGUUCCAUGGAAGAAUUGCAAGCUGCUAUUCAAGCUGCAAUUGUUCAUUGCAAAAAUUCAUAUUCAAAAGAUGAGAAACUGAAUUGCUGA